GUUUUUUCGUUUUGCUCUUGUUUUUUUAGUUUAUAUAUUUUUUUAUUCUCUAAAUUUGCAAACAAAAACUAAUGUUUAAACUAUUUCGACAAAUUCCAGUUAUUCGGACACAGUCGCUCAUCAGGCUCAUAACCGAAAAAGCGGCGCAGCUUACGUUCUCAAAUGCAAUUCCAAACACCGCCACCACGGCUCGUCUAAUAAGCAGCACACGCACUGAGCACACCCCAGAUCAUUCUCUAGAGCCAACAAAGAGCGCAGGUGUUUCAACAGUGCAAAAGCAUACCAGCCCAAGUACCGAACAGCAGAAAGAGUUGCCCGCACUGACCGAUCUCUUUGGGCGAUUCCACAACUACCUGCGCAUCUCGGUAACCGAGCGGUGCAACCUGCGGUGCCAGUACUGCAUGCCCGAAGAAGGCAUUGAUCUGACAAAAAACGACAAGCUGUUGACCACCGAGGAGAUAAUACGUGUAGCAAAGAUAUUUGUGCAACAAGGCGUUGACAAGAUCAGGCUGACUGGCGGCGAGCCCACGGUGCGCAAAGACAUUGUAGAGCUGAUCCAGGGCCUCAACGAGCUACGGCCCCUGGGACUCCGCAAGAUUGCCAUCACCACCAAUGGUAUUGCCCUACGACGCAAGCUUCCAUUGCUACGCUCCGCUGGACUCGACGGGUUGAACAUUUCGUUAGACACGCGAGACCCGCGCAAGUUUGAGCUGCUCACGCGACGAAAGGGCGGUGCACAUGUGCUUCAGGCAAUUGCCGAAGCGGGAAAACUUGGGUUUCAAUUUGUUAAGGUUAAUGUCGUAGUUAUGCGCGGGAUGAACGAGGACGAGGUGCCUGCUUUUGUCGAGAUGACACACGACGAGGAGCUGGAUGUAAGAUUUAUUGAGUAUAUGCCGUUUGAUGGCAACCAGUGGGGUCAGAAAAAGAUGGUCGGAUACAGAGAUAUGCUGGACAAUCUGAGGAAAAUAUAUGGUGACAACAUUGAGCAGCUGCCGCUUGAGGACAACCACACGACAAAGGGGUAUAGGAUUAAGGGGUAUCGUGGUCAGUUUGGGUUUAUCACUUCAAUGACGCACUCGUUUUGCUCGACAUGCAAUCGUGUGCGUGUCAUGGCUGAUGGCAAUUUGAAAGUGUGUUUGUUUGGGAACACUGAGAUUAGCCUGCGCGAUCUGCUGCGAAGCGGAUCUUCGGAUGCAGAGAUUGUGAGCACAAUUAGCCAGGCCAUCAAGCGCAAGCAGCGUGCACACGCGGGCAUUGACAUUCUGUCGCAGCUUCCAAACCGCCCGAUGAUUAAAAUUGGAGGUUAAAACUAACGUGUUUUAUACAAUUAGUUUGUGCUUGAAAUUUAAAUAACAAAUUUGCACAUAUGUUGUAGUAGGAUGUGGCAUGGAUAACAUUAAAAUUUUUCUUAGUAAUCCGGCAGAAACACCAAUACCACACCUGCUAAUAUCCAUAACCUU